AUGCAAACCAAUGAGCGGCCGCCAAUUGGCAAAGGAUGGCCGCCAAUUGGCAAAGGAAAAUGGCAGCCACCCAUUGGCAAGGGCGCCAUGCCGAUGGGCAAGGGCAAGGGGAACUUCGGACCUGGACCACCAGGAGGACCAGGGCUCUCUGGGCCCGCAGGCGUCAUGCCGCCGCCACCGGUGCCUGCCAAUCGAAAGACGCAGCUUUGUGUCUACUUCAAGGAAGGACGUUGCACGCGCGGAACUUCUUGCAAUUACGCUCAUGGCGAGCACGAGCUGGUGGAGAGGGAGAGGGGUGUGCCCAGUCGACCUCCACCGCCGCCGCGAGAAGUGCGUCAUCCAACUGGCAGUCGCUUCGACGUGAGAUCUGGCCCACAGGUCCACCGAGGGCCCAGAGACAUGCGGCCCCCUUCAAGGGAGAGGUCACAGAGACAGCUUAGAAAAGUCGUCUAUGCCAAGUCCGAAACAGUGGGUGUUGUUGAGCGGCCGGACUGCUCAGUCCGCCAAACAACCGAAGCAACCGAGCAGGCCGCCGAUUUGCCCGAGCCGAACCUGGCGAACGGGUCUGCGCCGAAGGUUGCUGAGGAGGGCGGAGAGGCGCAGGAAAGCACUGCGCCUGAAAACGGCGACAGCUUGCCCAAGGAAGCCGAGGGUAUAGAUGUGGACGUUGAAGCAGAGGCAGAGGCUAAGGAGCAGGAGCCACCGAAGGGUGCCCCUGCCCCUGCGCCUGCUCCUGUUGUUGCAUCGUUCCUCCUGAGCGAGGAUGGUGCUGGUGAGCUCAGCCAAAUGUAUGGCCUUGGAGCGCAGCUGCUCCGAAGCAUGGGCUGGCAACCCGGAAGCGGUGUUGGAGCAAAUCUGGACGGAGAGCUUGAACCAGUUUCCAUCCGGAUCUUGAGCCUGCCUUCUACGCAUUUCGGCCGGAAGGAUCGGCGCUGUUUAGGCAGAAGGAAGCCCAAGCGCCUCAGGGACUCCGAUGAGUCUAGUCCAUCAAGGACACCAUCGACUUCGUCCAGUAGAUCGACAAGCAAGUCAUCUCAAAAAAGUUCUAGAAGCAGCAGCCCUUCCAGUCGGAAGAAGCGAAGAAGGAGACGGAAGAAGCGAAAGAAGUCACGAAGCAGCUCCAGCAGAAGAUCGUCUGCGUCCAGCAGCAGUUCUUCUAGCAAAAGCCACAGGAAGAAGAAAAAAGGCAAGUUCACUUCAGAAGCGCCUACUGAUAACUCUGGCGGAGCAGCAGCUGCUGGUGCUGCAGCUGGUGCGAACGCCGCAGGAGCUCAGCAGGCAGCAGUUGAGGAUCCAGAGACGGCACAAGCCAAGAAGAGAGUCUUGGCGAAGCUGACUGAGCUCCAAAAAGUCGAGCCGAAGGAGCAGCGAGCCAAGGAGUUCCGGAAUCUCUUACGGGAUUGGCAUCCGGAUAAGAAUCCCGAGAAGAAGGACAUGGCCACAGCAGUGUUCCAGUUCCUCCAGAAGGGGAAGAGCUUGCUCAAUCUCAAAUGA